AUGGUCAAGGAUACAGUACAAGAGUUGAUACAAAAUGACGACCUGCCCAAGAAUGCGUCUAAUCUCAUUCAAGAUAAUCCUCGGUGCUCUACUUUCUACUUACUACCUAAGAUCCAUAAAGCUAACACACCUGGAAGACCGAUUGUAUCAACGUGUAAUUGCCCCACUGAACUCGUCAGUCAGUACUUGGACAGUAUCCUAGCCCCUCUUGUCACUCAGCUUCCUACGUACGUGAAAGACUCCUCUGAUGCUGUUCGCCUCAUAAGGGAUGUUACUCUAGAUGAAAGAAGUAAGCAUCUCCUCUUCACGAUGGAUAUUUCAUCUCUGUAUACUAACAUACCCAUAGACGACGGUUUGAGGGCUCUCCGCUACUUCUUGGAACGCAAUGCCCCCGAUGAUUCCCCGAGUGUGGAAACCCUUCUAAGGUUGGCUGAACUAGUUCUCCGUUUGUCAGCUUUCGAAUUUGAUGGACGCUACUACAAGCAACAUAAAGGUGUGGCUAUGGGAACAAAAAUGGACCCCUCUUAUGCUUGUCUCUUUGUUGGGCUCAUAGACGACUAUCUUGGAAUAAGCACCGGCUCAGAGGAGGAUCUUCAAGAUUUCAUCGCAUAUGCUAAUAACUACCAUCCAUCCCUUAAGUUCACACAUUGUAUCUCGAGCACCAGUGUGGACUUCCUGGACAUCUCCAUCUCUAUCGAAGAUUUAGGUCUUUCAACUGAUGUCUUCUACAAACCUACUUCUUCUCACUCCUACUUGAAAUAUGACUCCUCCCAUCCAGCGGCUUGUAAGAAGGCGAUCCCCUACUCCCAUAUGACCAGGCUACGUAGAAUCUGCAGCGAUGAUGCUCGUUUUAAACAACGGGCUGCCGAGAUGGGUGAUUUCUUCGUGAAGAGAGGCUACCCUCAGGAACUCAUUCAGCACUCCAUUCAAAGAUCUAGUGUGAUCUCGCAGGACGAAGCUUUGACUGGGAAGAUAAACAACAACAAGAGUCGUCGAGUUCCACUAGUGAUGACUUAUCAUUCCACGUCUGCACUCAUUACAAGAUCUAUCAAAAACAACGCCAAGCUGUUCCUGUCAUCUCCUUCUUGCAAGGAGAUCUUUGGAGACAACCCCGUACUUCUGGCAUAUCGGAAAGACCGUUCUCUGCGUGACCAUCUCGUUCGCUCCAAAUUGCCGCCUAAUCAACCCGCAGAUGCACCUGGCACAUCUCAAUGCGGCAGGCCGAGAUGCAAUACCUGUCCCUACGUCAUGAGGGGAGAUGUCAUCCAAGGACCCAGAAGAACUUGGCGCGUCAAGGCCUCCUUCAAGUGCACCACCAGAAACGUCGUAUAUGCUAUACGAUGCUCUCGCUGCUCUAAGCUUUAUAUUGGAGAGACCAAACGACGUCUAGCAGACAGAGUAACAGAGCACCUGCGUUCGAUCCGACUUAACACACCUGGCCUUCCAGUUGCAACGCAUUUCAACCAACCUGGACAUUUCAUCAACGAUCUACAGGUAUGCGUUGCCAUCCCUUGCGACCGUGAGACGGAUCGCAAACUCAAAGAAGAGAAGCUGAUCUACAGUCUCGGGACCCUCGCACCCCACGGAAUGAAUGUGUCUUUCCGCGCCUUCCCAAUGCCUGAGACCAAGUGA